CUGGAUUCAACUGUGGGGUUCAAAUCCGACGGGUGGCACGUGCAUGCACUGUGACUCUGGACCCUUGAUUGCAUCUGUCCAUCAUCUAGAAUCCCGUCCAAUCCCGACCAGGACUGAGCAACAGCAACCGGGAGCCCCACUCAAACUUUUGCUCUGGCUGCAAGGCUGAACCCGCCGCCAGAACUUUUUUGGCUUAUCCGUUUCGCGACGCCAGUCUUUUUUUCGAUCUUGAACUUCCCGUCGUAGUGAUACCCAUCCACCGCCCACGCCUUCCAUCCCGACAAGCCCGUAUUUUUCCUUCGACGGCGAAUUCUUCUUCUUCCUCGGGCGCCACACGACGAGAAAGCCCCCCCUCGUCGAUUAAUACGCACCCAUCGCAACGAUGUCGGACCAGAAGGAUGUGAACAAGGAGGUUACCAGGCUGUGGCGCGCUUGGCGGACGGCCCACGAGAUGGCUGCGGAUCGCGGCUAUGAACUUGCCGAGGAUGAACUCACGAUUUCGCUCGACCGCUUCAAGAUGGAGUACACCAGUGCUGACGGCAGCGUAAACCGCAGCAAGCUCCAGUUCUCCGCGAACCCCUCGGCCGACAUGAUCCGCAAGUUCACACCUCCUGCGACACCCCAGAACCCGAACCCGGCGCCCGAAUGCGGCACUCUCUGGGUCGAGUUCCUUGCCGACACGACCUUUGGUAUUAAGGAGAUCAAGAAGUUCAUCCACCACCUCAUCAGCAACAAGUACUCGUCCGGUAUCAUGAUCACCCACGUGGCCCUCUCCCCGGCGGCCCGCAAGAUGCUUAUCACCAUCGAGUCCUUCGCCAAGGUUGAGUGCUUCCUCGAGGAGGAUCUGCUCGUCAACAUCACUAAGCAUGAGCUCGUACCCAAGCACAUCCUGCUCAGCCGCGAGGAGAAGAUCGCCCUGCUCAAGCGCUACCGCCUCAAGGAGACCCAGCUUCCGCGCAUCCUGCAAAAGGACCCCGUCGCCAAGUACCUCGGACUCAAGCGUGGGCAGGUCGUCAAGAUUAUCCGUACUUCGGAGACGGCCGGUCGAUACGCCAGCUACAGAUUGUGCGUAUAAGCUUCGCGUUGCGCCUCGCCCCUGGCCACGGGGGCUGAGAAAAGGGACGACAUAGAAGAAGGAGAAGACAAGACGGAAUAGGGGAGUCGCACGGGCUGGGAUUGGGUCCCCCCCCCUUUUUUUUUUUGACAGGAUGACUGACGCCCGGCGGAUGGGGGAGGGAGUUUAACUAUACUCUUUGCAUCACUCUUGAGUCUGGCGUUGAGGGAACGGCUAUGGUCUGCUGUUUUGUGUAUGACAAGAAAAGAAAAAAGAGGGGUUCUUCUAGAAGGACAACAUAAGGUUACCUAACUUACUAUUUACAUCGUUUUCGUCA